AUGGUUAGAGAUGGAAUAGUGCUUGGACAUCGGAUCUCAGAGAGAGGCAUAGAAGUUGACAAAGCCAAGAUUGAGGUCAUGACAAACCUCCAGCCGCCCAAGACAGUCAAGGAUAUAAGAAGCUUCCUAGGACAUGCUGGAUUCUAUAGGAGGUUUAUUAAAUAUUUCUCGCAUAUAGCAAGGCCAUUGACACGCUUAUUGUGUAAGGACAUCAACUUUGAGUUCACUAAGGAGUGUCACAAAGCUUUCACUAAGAUCAAUGAUGCAUUGGUUAGUGCACCAGUGGUUCAACGUCCAAACUGGGAACUACCCUUUGAAAUAAUGUGUGAUGCAAGUGCCGAUGCAGUAGGGGCAGUGCUCGGGCAGAGGAGAGAUAAGAAGCUACAUGUGAUCUAUUACGCCAGCAGAACACUUGACGAGGCACAAUGCAAGUAUGCCACGACAGAAAAGGAGCUUCUGGCUAUUGUGUUUGCAUUUGAGAAGUUUCAAUCAUACCUGGUGGGAUCAAAAGUGAUAGUUCAUUCUGAUCAUGCAGCAUUGAGGUAUCUUUUGUCCAAACAGGAUGCAAAAACAAGAUUUUUAAGAUGGAUAUUACUACUGCAAGAGUUUGAUCUUGAGAUAAAGAACAGAAGAGGAGCAGAUAAUGGAGUAGCUGAUCAUCUAUCAAGAAUGAGAGUUGAAGAAAACCUACCACUUGAUGUACUUGCAUUUUUGCAUGGUUUUCGUACAUCUUUUAUGCAUCUUUUGCAUAGUUUUAGCAUCCAUUAG